AUGAUCUUGCCCGCAGGAAACUGUCACUCUGACUGGCAAUGCCUUCACUACUCCUAUAUGACGAACAGUUUUGAGUUGUCACUGGAAGUGCAGGUUGUGAAGAACGACGGCCAGGGCAGUAGCAAUGUCAGUGUCGAACGGUGGGUCCCCGGUCCACUCAAUAAACAAGACAAUUCAACAAACAAAACAUAUACGUUUGCGGACAUGGCAGAGAUUGCCGAUGAGGACUGGAUACGGCCAAUCCCACGCUCUGUCUUUCUGCUCUACCCGCAGGCGCUGGAUAUGAUCCAGGUGGUUGACGACAUUAGGAAAUUCCGUCCAAUACCAGAGGCUCCCGUAUUCAACCAGACAAUCCGAUUCCUGAAAGUCAGUUCGACUGUCUGCGUGCCUGAUGAGGCAGUACACAGGCCCCUAGAUGCUAUCGUGGUGAUCAAAUCUGCCGUCUACAAUUUCGCGGACCGUGAGCGUGUACGGAGAGCUUAUGCUGAAGAAGCCAGGCGUGAACCUGCCUUCCACAUGGCCAUGGUCUUCUCCCUAGGACUGCCUCGAAGCAGCGGUGGUCGCUUCUUCCAACGCGACGGUAUCAACAUCUCUCUGCCAGGCCGGGUGGGCACGUCCCUGGAACAGAUGCAGUCCCGGAGGUUGGAAGUGUUAAGAAAUCUGACAGAGGAAGCCCAACGCCACGGUGACCUUCUGCUGGGCGACUACGAGGACACGUACUAUAACCUCAGCCUGAAAUUAUUUCACACAUUCCAGUGGGCCUCUCGCUUCUGUCGCGGGCAUCUUAAGUACCAGCCCCAACGACCCCCCGUCUUCAUUUUCCUGGACGAUGACUAUGCUUUCAAUGCCAGUCGCCUUAAGGCUGAAUUGGACGCCUUCUCGGACGCACAGAUUCGACGAGUCGUACUGGGCUCCCCAAUGCAGGCAAGUAAGGUAUAUCGUCCGCAUAUCCAUCCGGGAAUGGAAAAAUGGAUCGUUUCCAAACGCCAAGUUCCCUGGCCCCACUUCGCGCCUUAUUGUUCCGGCGCCUUCUUCGUCCUCGGCGCUGAUGUCGUCCAGGAAAUUGCCCUCACCAUGUACUUCACCGUGCAGAUUCCAGUGGACGACGCCUGGUUGGGCCUGGUCAUGACAAAGUUAGACCUGCAUGUUCAGCGCCUUCCACACAUGCAUAUCCUUCGGCCGAGCGCAGAUGAGAAGGAUUUGGUUCUGUUUGCACCCUUCGACUACCUCUUCGGCGGACAUUGA